AUGCAGUGCGAAUCUUGUCAUGCGUCGGAUAAACAGCCUGCCAUCGCACACCUCCAACAGUUCGGACCUUUCAGGGUACCAUCAACUCGGUCGAGGAUCUAUGCUUUCCCCAUUGGAUCUCUGCCGCCGCACCCCGAGGAUCGAUGUGGCGGCGACGGCUGGGGGAGAUGUGACAAGAUCAAAGGCUUCACGAUGAAUUACAAGCAUACGGUCCCCUUUAGCUCACAUUUUUCAAACUCCCUAUUGAUAUUCCAGGCCUGGCAUUUCGCCGUCCACUUCGGAGCCGGUCCCGGUAUGAGGUUGUACAUGCCGCAAGGCGAGCAUACAUCAAACUUGGUGAUGCCGAGAGGUGUCUUUGGCUAUGACGUGGAUGAUAGGGGGGCUUAGCUGAGGAGAAGGUUUAUAGCACCGGACGCGCUGGAAGAAAUGCUGGUCUACAAGUAAUGUACGUAGAAACAGGACUCGGUAUCAACACAGACAAUACACAAAUGUACACACCAAUCCAUUCAUGUCUACCCGCUCUGCUCCAUCAACGCUCCUGAUCCAGCCAACAACAAAAAGAUGCAAAACCACAAUGUGCUCUCCAAACUCCCAAGCACCUAUAGCCUCCCAACAAUAUACAUUGCACCAUGAACCCACCCUCUCAACGCCAACUGCUCUCAUUCCUCAAUUUCCUCCAUCGCGACAUCUCUCUCUUCGCCCCAGGACCGUCUCCUCUACUCCUUCCCGCGGCUGUCUCACCGCCCCCGCGCGAGUCCCUCCCCCCGUCGGCCCCGCGCCUGCCCUCACCGCUGCCACCCCGGACAUCUCCCGCCUUCCCGCCCCCUCUCCUGGCUUGUCCGCCCUGUCCUCCGCGCCUGCCAGCGCCCGGGUUCUCUUGUCGUUGGCCCGCGCGCGCCGUGGCUGGGCUUGGAGCCGGAGCCCGGGGGUUGACAGGCGCCCGCGGGACCGGGUUUGGCUGUAGCUGCGUCCAGCUCAUGUCGGUGUUAAGAGUUUCGAUGAGGGUGCGUCCACCCUGUCCCCUCGGCGGUGGUGACAAGGGAGAUUGGCGCGUGUGAGGGCGCACCGGACCCGGGGUUGCUUGGACGGGACUGGCCGCCGGUUCUUGGACCUUUUCAGC